CCUAACAGCCUAUACAAAUCUUUUUUCUUAGAGAAAAAUAGUUCGUCCAAUUUGCAGUAGAUGGCGCUAUUUUGGUAAUUAUUCGGUCAUUCCACAGAAUUAUUUGGGUCUCUCAUAAUGACUCGUCAAACGUCAAUUACGCGUUUCCCCCGCCAUUUUGCCGCCAUUCUGUUUCCUUUUGUGAUCCGUGAAUGUGCUCCAUUUGUGUUUUUAUGAUUAAUUCUACGACUUUGCUUGCUCCUUGGACUCCGAAGGCUUCGCUUUUCUCACUGGACUUACGCGCAAACCCCUGGACACAGAUUUGCCUAACGAUUUGGACUAUGGCGGCUUCUGAGAGAGGUUGUUGUGUGCCGAGAUGCGGUAAAACUCGCAAAGAUGAUACGGUUCUUCAUUCAUUUCCCAAUCCUGAAAAAGAAAUGGAUCGGUAUCUUGCGUGGACUCGAGCUGUUGGACUAGAUACAUCAUUGGAUCCUAACUAUGUGUAUCGGAACCGACGAGUAUGCCAUUCUCAUUUUGAAUUGAAAUAUUUGACGUGGACUAGAAGAUUGAGCCCUGGGGCCAUUCCCACUUUGCUCUUGCCAGAUUCUGAAAUGGCCAGAGUCCCACUGAUUGACAUCACAAACAGGCCUGAAAAUGUUUCUUUAGAUCCUGCAUUCCCAUCCACUUCUAGAGAUUCUGAAAUUGCCAGAGUCCCACUGAUUGACAUCACAAACAGGCCUGAAAAUGUUUUUUUAGAUCCUGCAUUCCCAUCCACUUCUAGAGGUAAUUAUACAAUAAUAAUAAGAGAAGCUGUGAUAGUCUAGUGGUUAGGAUGUCCACCUCCUAAUCAGAGGUUUGGGGGUUCAAUCCCGGGUACACACCUCUAACUGUUCAGAGUUGUGUG